AUGGGGAAGAAUUCAGCCUUUGUGAAGGCUCACACGCAGGACUUGCGCCGCCGAAGAGCCCAACGCUCGCAACGCUCCAAAGUCGAGCGUGGCAAACGUCUUGCCCAGGGCGACAGGCGAAUUCAGCGUGUCGCCAAGCAGUGGGCCCUCCCCACCGAAGAGAACACGUCCCUGCUGUUGACCCAAUUCACGCAGGCCUGUCGACUUCCCAACACCAGCGCCGGUCUCUGCGCCCUCAUUCGGCAUUACGCUGGAACGGACGAGAAGGCCCCUUUGAGAGCACUCGAGCCUCUGACGCAGAUGGCGGAGAUGCUGCUCCAGGCGCAGGACGUCCCCAUGGACGACCUCGGCGAGGAGGAGGAUAAACCCGCCGGGGCGCUGUCCACCGAGACGGUCUUGCAGGACAUUUUGCAGACCGAGUGCGGUGGUCGCGUGGUCACGAUGCUCCUCUCCGCCCUCCAAUCCACGGAAAUUGGAAAGAGCGUCGCCAAGGCGAUUCUCGAGCAGUUCGAGGCCACUGAGGCCCUCGUGACGCAUCAUGUCGCCUGUAGAGUUCUGACCGCGCUAGUGCAGUGGGGGCCGAUGGAAGUGAAGUGUGGGGUCCUGGAGAUGCUUCGCGAGCGGGGUGGCAUCGAGAGUGCCUUCGACCUUCUUGUGGAUCGCCACACCGCGACAACCAUUGUGCAACUUCUUGAACACCUACCCAUGGAAACGAGUGUGUGGUUGGUUGAGGAACUCGGCCUGAGUGAAGAAGGAUUUGUUGAUACCAAGGCUUCGAUGAAUGCGACAUCUUGUAAGGGGAAAGAAAAUGAGGAAUUCGCUGAAGUCGAUAAAGAUGAAAGUCAGGAGAGAUUUCGAAACCUCAUCGAGCACCCGGUCUCGUGGCGCAUCCUUGCUCAGCUUGCUAUUAAUAUGCCUAUUGAGAAACGUUUACGUUUUCUCGACAUGAUCAGCUUUGCUGAGCUUUGUCAAACAAAGCGAGGGACCCGCUUUCUUGGGACGCUCAUUAGCGCGGACUCAAGCACUGAAAAGAAUAUCACGAGCACUGCGUCAGCAGCCAUCAUGCAGGUGUUGGGAAAGAUAGUCGAAGAAUCAGCUUCUCUCAUACAGGAUAUGAGUAUAAGCCCUUAUGGAAACUUCCUAGUACAGAAAUUGAUCCAGGUCGUUCUCCUUGUGCGCGGCGAUAACGACAAAAAUGCAUUAGAGCUGUUUUCGCGUAUUGUGCAUGUUCUUACCCACAAUGGGGAUCCUGCGACAACGCAUAGUCUCGCGUCGCAUCCUAUUGGUGUGCACGUGAUCUGCACGCUAAUCGAUACCGCUUUGUUGUUGAUUGGCUCUAAUAGUGGUAGUGGCAACAAAAAUUAUCGUGUCGUAGAAGAAAUUGUGAGUUUCUUGACAUUACCCAAGCAUGUUGCCAAUGCGAUCUGUGAUCAAUACGACAGCUUGCUCGUACGCCGCCUUAUGCCUCUUCUGAAGCAAAAGCAAUCUAAUCUGGGAAAGAUGCUUGCUUCCACCAUUGAGCAGACAAUGAGUUCUUUGCUGUACGAUCCUAUCGGAAACCUUGUGGUGCAGGAAUACUUUCAAGUUAUUGGUCCUGAUGCAGCGUCAAAAUUCACAAGCAAACUUAUGGAAGAAGAAAUUCUGGCCAUGUGCCGGAGCCCAUUUGCUUCUCAUGUGCUGUUUACUUUGCUUGACGUUAUCAACCCUGCUGCACGCGUGAGCCUUUGCAGCACUCUUAAGCCUCAUGUUCUGGCUAUCGCCACACAUGUAAAUGGUCGCUUUAUUGUAGAACGUCUGGUCGCCUCCAGUCGUGAGGUACGAGAUGAAUUGGUGCGCCAAUUUUAUGCUCUGGCUAGAGAAAAAGGCACCCAACAUGUGUUGUGUUCCCUUGUGUCUCAUUUGGAUCCUCGUGGCAAGACACACGUUAUUGAAAAAAUCAUAGUCCCGAGACUGUUUGAACUUGCAACGCACUCCUGUGGGUCCAUUGUCCUCCAGAAGCUUAUGCAAUCUGACGCUGGUAUUGCUGCCGCUGUAAAAAAAAGAAUAGCACAAGAAAAAACACUACGAAACGACUUGGCACAAAACUUCUACGGAAAGUUUGUGGUGCAAAUUGCAGAAAACUAA